AGGUGUCUUCACUUGCAUGACACUGUCAUCAAAAUAUCAAACCUUUGUGACAAAAAUAUUUGCAAAAUGAUGUUUAGAGGUGUCCUUGAAAGACUUGAGGGGGGAAAUUGGUUUAUUUGUGUAAUCUAUUUCAGGUUACGAAAAGAUCAGUGCGCAAAUCAACAUGGUCUACCACUUCCUACUUGUAUGUUUACGCUUUCUGGGUUAAUUACUUGUCAAUGGUGGCAAAAUAAUUAUUCGGACACGAGAACAAAGUCUGAUCGAAAUUGAUAGCAUAACCCUAGGCAAAGGGCGCGAGUUUCUCAUUUCUUUUUACUCUCUAAAUUAACAAUAAACAGGAUUGGUAAAUCAUUUGAAUGUGAAGAGCCAAUCUGCCGUGAUAAACUGUAAUUUGAUAUACUUAGUCAACCGUCGCGGACAACUAUUAAAAAAUAAAAGGCUACCACCCAUUACCGACUAUCAUUAAUAAUUAAUAAGACGCGAUCACUGAAAAGCGAGGAAGGAUCUGUAGUUCUCACAACCGCUAAACACGGACACGAAGUCUAUUGGUCUUGUUCGUUUAAGGAAGCUGUCACAUAGUAGUUUAGUUAUAAUGGUGAUGGCUUGCCCGGACGGUGGAAUUUAAUGCUACAAUAUCAAGGACAUUAUAAAGGAAAGAAAACAGCGAGGAAACAAGUUUGAAGAUGUCUAUUGAAUCUUUGUGAAGAUCAAAAAGCUUAGCGUCACGGGAAGAUUUGACCCGGUCAAAGAUCAGUGAGAGUAAAAUUGUCAAGGAGACAUCAAGAAUCCCAAGGUCAGAAGCAACCAUGGCAGAGGGAGAAGGACUUUGGGCCGGUGAUAUCGAGCAAAGUUUUCAAGAAGCACUUGCUAUUUAUCCGCCAUGCGGACGGCAAAAGAUCAUGUUAUCAACUAAAGAUAAGAUGUAUGGGCGGAACGAGUUGAUCGCGCGCUACAUUCUGAUGAAAACAGGAAAAAUGCGAACAAGAAAGCAAGUGGCAAGUCAUAUCCAAGUUCUGGCGAGAAAAAAGAUAAGGCAAAUUCAAUCAAAGAUCAAAGACAAGCCAUACUUAGAUGAUAACAUCCAUGAAAUGAUGACGAUGUCGUCGGCGGAGAUUCUGUCGCCUGUUGUCCAACAGCGUCGCAGCAGUGAAGAAGAAAUCUUUGACAUGAGACAUCAUCAGCAAACGCAUAUAGUUAACCCGGAGCAUGACUCUUUGAGAAGUCCAAACGAACCUCCGAGUCGCUCACCGCCUAUGCUACACUUUCCAAUGGAACACAGUUCCAAGCAACUAGAAGUGAACUUCACCCCUCCACGAACACCUCCCAAGCUGGAGCCUCUAUGCCUCCAAGAAAGCACACUUCAAAGCAACCUUCACUGGGACGUCCCAGAUAUUAGUGGCGAGCUCCAAGAGCAAAACAAUGAAUAUUAUAGCAAUAUUGCUACCGGUGCGUCAACUGGAACUUGGCAAAUUGUCCCUGAGACUGGGAGUCAUAACUUUAGGAGUAAAUGGGAGAGGAUUCCCACGACAACAUCAUGCGCAGAGAUACAAAGGGCUCAGCAAAGGUCGCUUCCAGAGACGCCAUCUUUCGACGACUACCUCGCAUUAGACGCAGAUCAAACAUGCCCUUCCAUCGACUUUACUGGGAUUUGAAAUUUAAAAGUUCAAGUACCAACUUUAUUUUAAGGUAGUGCUAAUUAUUUCUAUAUCAAAAGUAGGUAAUUAUCACUCUUUGAAAUAUAAAUGUAUAUUGUACACGUAGCGUUAGUAAUAUCACAUCGUGAUUGUCAACAAGAAAAAAAACUUGUGUCGAGUUUCACACGGAUUGUCAUCCGAACUAUGGGAUAUCAUCUAGAAAUUUCUGUCAAAAUUUAAACCAAUUUCGAAAAGACAUUUUGUCACAUGUCAAUCAAUGUCAAUGCAAAAAUUUGUUUACUUUUCGGAAACGUGCCUUAUCCUUUUAAUUCACAUGCACUUGAUUUGUUGACUUUUUGAUCACGACACGUAGUAUCAUAUUUAUCGCGAAGCAAACCAUCACAACCGUAACUACGAAAAGCAAUCGAAAACACACGUAAACCAUAUCCAAA